UGAAGUCGACUAGUGUGUGCGUGUAUCCGAAUGCAAAUAUUUUGAUUUUGUUGACAGUUGACGUUUACUCACUCAUCCGUCACAAAAAUGGCUGCGCUUAGGGUUUUUAGCCGUAAUUUACCAUAUUUACGACAACAAUUUUCCGCUUUAUUAGGAAACACAUCACCCUCUGUGAAAUUUAUAUGUGUGGUUGUGGUUAUUGGAUACAUCUUAUCAUUUUCUGAAGAUGUAGUGAACGUUCUAAGUGUCACUCCAGGAUAUUUGUUGCCACCUUCUUUCCAACUUUGGUCCACUUUCACGUUUUGGUUUCUCGAGAUUCACUUGUGGGAGGUGGUGAUUGAUAUUGUGACUGUGGGACUAUGUGGGAAGUUGAUAGAGCCACUAUGGGGGCAGAUGGAGAUGAUGAAGUUUUUCGUGCUGACGAACGCCGGCGUAGCAUUCUUGACGACGUUUUACUAUUUGAUGAUAUUUGUGUGUACGGGGAAUACAUCGUAUUUGUUCGACAUACACGUCCACGGGCUGGCUGGGUACUUGGCUGCGGUGAGCGUGGCUGUCAAGCAAAUAAUGCCAGAUCAUUUGCUGAUCAAAACACCAUUAGGAAAGCUCACAAACCGGUCAUUGCCAUUACUGAUCCUGAUUGUGGCCAUAAUUCUUUGGGCCGUUGGUGCCUUGGAGGGCACAUACCCAUGUAUGUGGGGCAGUGGCACCAUACUCUCGUGGUUCUAUCUCCGCUUCUGGCAGAGACACAGCAGCGGCACUAGAGGGGAUAUGGCUGAUAAUUUCACCUUUGAUAAUUUCUUCCCGACGGUGAUGCAGCCGGUGGUGCGCGGCAUCCUGGGGCCACCGCACCGCUGCCUGGUGCGGCUGGGAUUGUGCGCGCCCAGCCAGCGCCGCGUGCACCUGGCGCUCAGCCCGCGCGGCGUCACCAUCUCUAUGCCCGGCGUCGAGCCGCAGGACAUGGAGCGAAGAAGACAAAUCGCGCUCAAGGCGUUGAGCGAGCGAUUAUCGAAGACUUCAGAACAGACGCGACAGAAGAAUUUAUCGACGAAGGUGAAUAUGGAGGCGGUGAGGAAGAUGCAGCCGCCGCACGUGAUCCCGCAGUUCCCCAGCGAGGCGGCGGCCGGCCCCCCCAGUGAGGCCACCCUGGUGGACCUCACGGAGCCCCCCGCCGCGCCGCCCGCGCCGCGACACUCAUGAUCCCGCACGCCGCCGCACCAGGCUGUUCACAGAACCACUGUAAGAGUAAACCAGACCAGAGUCAUAAUGCCCGACUGACUGAUCACUGGCCGGUCUUAACUGGACCAUUCACACAAGCCCAUGCCUUGAUUGCACCAUGGAGUGACUAAUAUUACAAGUAACUAAGUCAAUUCGUCAAAGUGUUCGUGUGAGCUGGAUUAAUGCUGGCAUAGACUCACUCCUGUAGUCAUUACAUGUAAUCAAGGCACUAUUGAAUCAAUCCUGUGGUAUGUACAUAAGGAUGAUCUUUGAAGUGGAAUCUCCGAGCUAGUCCACUUAUUGGAUUGGUUUCUAGUUUAACAACUUGUGUAAAUGGGCCAUAAAGUCCAGUUGAAGAUGAGGUUUGAAACAAAAUAUUGAAUUGGUUGGCUUACUGGAUUGUUUUAAUAAUUGGCCUCCUAAAAGUAAAUUGUAAAUGGUUCAUAGAGAUUGGAGUUUUGGCGCAAAGGGUUUUGCCACCUGAAUUUAUUUAUAUUUUAUGCAUUUAGUAUUUUUGAUUUGUUUUAAAAUUAAUAUUCCUGCAAUGGAACUGUGAAUGUGUACGCUAGUAUUUUCGUUUUAUAUAACGGUCUGAAGUAUAUUUUCCAGUAUGGUUAGUCAUAUUAAUACACGAAAAUGAAGAUAUUUUUUGCGAAUUUUGAUGCAUUUGUUAUGAUGUUACGUUAUGUAUGGAGAGUGAAUGAGCGAGACUUUGUAAAUAUAAUUGAUAUUGAUUAGUGUUAAUAAAUGAUACCCAAUCAUU